GUUUCCGGUUAUAUUCGGAACUGGCGCCGGUAAUUUGCGCAUAAAUUUUCCAUGUGCAUCAUUUGUAAAAAUGGCUGAUCCGAUGGAGUCCAUACCCAGUAGUAGCAGUGGUGAUAUCAACACAAAUGCCCAAACUGCAACAAGCAACACAGGUUCAGGUGACGAGCUGAAAAGUAAUGGACAUUUGGCACCAGAAGACAUGACCUCUAAGGAUUACUAUUUUGACUCAUAUGCACAUUUUGGAAUUCAUGAGGAAAUGUUAAAGGAUGAGGUUCGCACAUUAACGUACAGAAAUUCCAUGUACUAUAACAAACACCUCUUCAAAGAUAAAGUUGUUCUAGAUGUAGGAUGUGGUACUGGCAUUCUGUGUAUGUUUGCUGCUAAGGCUGGAGCUCGUCGUGUCAUUGGGAUUGAAUGUUCAAGUAUAAUUGACUAUGCCGAGAAGAUCAUAGCUGCCAACAAAUUGGAUAAUGUUAUUUCUCUUGUGCGUGGAAAAGUUGAAGAAGUUUCUCUUCCAGCUGAUAUAGACAAGGUUGAUAUUAUUAUUUCUGAGUGGAUGGGGUAUUGUCUUUUCUACGAGUCCAUGCUCAACACAGUCAUCUUUGCUAGAGACAAAUGGCUGGCACCUGAUGGGCUAAUAUUUCCAGACAGGGCCACUUUGUAUGUUACUGCCAUAGAAGACAGACAGUAUAAAGAUGAAAAGAUCAAUUGGUGGGACAGUGUUUAUGGCUUUGAUAUGAGCUGUAUAAGAGAUGUGGCUAUAAGGGAACCACUUGUUGAUGUUGUUGACCCCAAGCAAGUUGUUACCAAUUCUUUUUUGGUGAAAGAGGUUGAUAUUUACACAGUGAAAGAAGGAGAUAUUGCAUUUACUGCUCCAUUUCGACUGACCUGCCGUCGAAAUGAUUACCUGCAUGCCCUUGUCACAUUUUUCAACAUUGAAUUCACCAAGUGCCACAAACGCACCGGAUUCUCAACCUCUCCUGAUGCACCAUACACGCACUGGAAACAGACUGUGUUUUAUUUGGGUGACAAUGAUCUGACCAUCAAGAAAGGUGAAGAGGUUGAUGGAGUCAUUACAAUGACACCUAAUAAACAGAACAACAGAGAUCUGGAUUUUACAGUGAGUAUUGAUUUCCAUGGAGAGUUGUCUGAAGCUACCUGCAGCCUGAAUUACAAAAUGAGAUAAGAACUUGGCUUAUUUAAUCUGCAUUGGUCUAGAACUAGACUUUUUUUUUUUUAACCAUUAGAAUGAAUGAUUAAUUUGUUGUAAAUGAUCUGAUACUAUCAUGGAUGGAUGACCUAAACCAUAAUUUGUGUACAGUCAAAAGACUUUUUUUAGGCAGUUGUGUUUUUAUAGUUACAAGAAGACCCCUUAACCAUUCUGCUGCACAGAGUUAAUGUUGUACCGGUGCAAACUUUUAGUGGCUACUGGACAUUUGCUACCUUUCAUUGCUGUUAUUAUACUAGUAAAUUUAAUGAUCAUUUUCUGUUGUUAUAACAUUUGUUCAAAGUAAGUGGGAGGGGGUGCGGCUGCUAUGUAAUGUAUUUAGUUUUAAACUUUGAACAUGCAAAGUCAUUGUUUGGUUUCACAAUUCACCACCUCAUUUUUGUAUAUGUCAUGAAUUUACCUUUUGAUACAAAAUACUUGUGUAAAUCUUUUUUUUUUUUUUUUUUUUUUUUUUUCAACUUUUUUGCUGUUAAAUUUUGUUGCAGAGUUUAGGGGUCACAUGUUUUGGAUAAUUGAGAAAUAGUAAAUUUUUAUUUUUAAGAUAGAUGUUGUGUUUUCUGUGGAGACCAAAGCAAAGUGUAAUAUUGAGUCUCUUUUUAAACCUAAAAGGAUUUUUAUUGGCUUAAAUUUGAUGCUGUGGUUUAUGCAUCUUGACAUGUCUUGUACAAAGAAUUGAACCAAAAAUAUGAAGUUUCAUACCAUGUUUUGUUGCAUAUUCGUCAUCAUUAAACGUUUGUUAAAUAAA